AUGAGGUAUGAUAAUAGUAAAAGGGCUGCUGCACCAUGGUACAAAAUUAAUGCCUCUACUCCAGCUGGAACAUCAGAGCAGCACAGUUGUGCUUCAGGAAGUAUAACAACUACUCACAAUAUGCUAUCAAAAGUAAUAGAGCCAGAUGUGUCAGAGAUCUCAUGUUCAGACACAGAAGGAGGUCAUAAGUACAUAGAGUCUAGAAUGUCUGGAUUGGAAGAUGUGAACAACAACAGCUUUAUUAAUCCUUUUGAUAUCAGUAUUGACAUGAUUGAUAUUUCUCAAAAUUAUGAUGACUCUGAACAGACAUCCGAUGAAGACUAUGAACCUAGUUUCAACAUAACACAAAGACCAAGUACAGUUGAUAAUUCGGAGGAACAAGAAAUUGAAGAUGAUGACCCAAUUGAAGACGACAAAUCAGAAGAGGCGACUAUAGAUAUGGGUCCAGGAGUGAAGAGAUUAACAAUUGGAAAUAUUGACAACUUUAUUACAGAACAACCACUGUUGGUUUACAGAGAUUGCCUGUUGAUGCUGGCAAACACACAUACAGUACAGUUGAGUACAAAGUCUGACUUCAAAAGUCUAGUUGAUUUAAAACAGAAACUAUUGGAUCUGCAUUUAAAAUAA